AUGAAGGUCGUGCUCACUCUGCUUUUCCUGACAUCACUGGUCACGAUUAUCAGCGGUGCCUCGGACAACACAAAUCCGUCAGAGGACGCUCUAAAAGAGUUGUCAGAGGCUGGAGAGAAAGCGGUGGGCGAGGAGGUGAAGCGCGCCUUGUAUGGUGUAGGCCAGAUGAAGGAUGUGCUGUGGAAGAACCAGCGCAAGCAUGAGCACCUCAUCAAGUCUCUGCUGCACAGCGGCGAAAAGAAAAAGGGCGCGGCACAGUUAACGCAGGACGUAACAGAGAAGCUGCAGGAAGCCGAGGCGCAGUGCAGGGUCUCCUUGCAGUCGGAAUGGGACGAGUGCCGACCUUGUUUGGAGGACGCAUGUAAAACCUUUUUCACCAACACCUGCCGCAGAGGCUUCGCUACCUUCCAGACGAAAGUUGAAAACUUCUUCCGCCGUGUGUCAAGACGCUUAAGCUUCAGUGAACCGAUAGCAGAAAUGGAUGACGGUCAGUUGAACCAAAACCCAGAUGACUCUGACUCGGAGGUGGUCCGCAUCCAGGAUGCCUUCACUCGCCUGAGCCGCAAAGUGGAAACACUGGUGAACAGCAGUGCAGCCCUGGCUUCCAGAAUGAGCGAUGGAUUGGAUCAGGCGGUCCGCAGGGCACUCUUGAGCGGACCCCCGAUGGCGAGCGCUACCCAGGAUCCAGAUGACCCUGCCCGUGACUCGGGCUUCCUGCAGGGCGUGGGCCUUGAGGAGGUGCUAGAGUCCUUCUUUGACUUUGGCCGUAGCGUGGUGGAGGAGUUUGGGGCAGUGGUAACCCAGGCGUUUGAUGGCCUCCAAGGACCGCAGCCAGAUGACAGAAAGAGAGAGAAACUAUUCCCACGCCUCCUCCGUAACAGGCUGCUGUGCCGGGAACUGCGGAAACAAUCGUCGGAGUGCUGGCAGCUGCAGAGCCAGUGUGAGGCCUGCCAGGGGUCUUUGUUGACAGAAUGUCCCAGCGUGAGGGAGCUACAUGUGGAGCUGGAGCAGGCCUCGCAGUUGCUGGGCAUCUCCCAGGAACAGUACGACGAGGUCCUGUCCAUCGUGCGGCGCCACACCGACGAGACGCUGGGCUGGCUGGGCAACAUGGCAGCCGAGUUCGGAUGGGUGGCGCGGGCUGACACAAGAAACCUUUUCCGCCUCACCAGGGUGGCGCCAAAGAGCCAAGACCAGAACAUGUCAGCAAGAGAGACCCAAGUGGAGGUGAACAUCCUCGACUCCCCUCCUUUUAUCUUCUCCGUGCCGGGGGAACUGCAGCUGCAGGACCCAGCCUUCAUACAGUUUGUGGCCCAGGAAGCCCUUGAUAAGUACAAGGGGAUGGUUAGGUACGAAGAGGAUGAGUGA